AUGCAUCACGGGGGACUCCUUCCUCGGGAGCUCCUCCUCCUAGCCCUCUCCUUUACACUCAUAGCCCCCGCAACCGUAGCAGCCCAGCAGCAAUCAUCACCACAAUGUGACUGCUUCCUCACGUCAGACCCUACCGGCAACAAGCCCACCUUUUUCACACAUCAUUACUUCAUCGACUUCCGCAAUGCCAGCGGCCCGUUCCCAGCACCCCCCAACAUCACCGCCGCCGACACGAGCGGCACCGAAGCCCUGACCUCAUCCUACUUCACCACACCCACAUGGAGCUCCUUCUGGAGCAUCAACAACGCCACGGGCCUCUACAACUUCAGCUCCUCCAGCCACACGCCACAAGUCGCCUCGGCGGGCAACGUCUUCAUCGCCUCCGGCGACGGCGACAACGACGGCGACGACGACUCCUCUUCCCGCAACAACGGCACGUUCCUCGCGCUGCGCACGUCCCGCAACCGCGCCUUCCAGAGUGUGGCGGAGCUGACGUCGCGUGAGACCGACAUGCAGCACCUCAGCGUGCGGGCGCGGCUGCGCGUGCUCGCCAGCAACGACUCGGCCGGCCAGCAGUCGGUCGUCGAGACGGGCGCCGUCUUCGGCCUCUUCACCUACCAGAGCGACACGCAGGAGAGCGAUCUGGAGAUCUUGACCGAUGACGACUCCAGUACCGUGCACUGCAGCAACCAGCCCGACUAUGAUGCCAAGAAGGACCGGCCCGUCGAGGGCGCGAGCAGUGAGGUCGCGAUGCCGGACGGCGUCAAGUGGACGGCGUGGAAUACGCAGCGUUUGGACUGGCUGGAUGGCGUGAGUCGCUGGUGGGUCGAGGGCGUCAAUGUGCUGAACAAGACGGUCAAUGUGCCCAAGAAGCCGAGCGCGGUGGUGUUGAAUCUCUGGAGCGAUGGCGGUGACUGGAGUGGCAAUAUGACCGUCGGGAGGCAGGCUAGGGUGGGCAUCGAGUGGAUCGAGGUGGCGUACAAUGUCAGUCGCGAUAGUGGGCGGGGGUCGUGUAAGGUCGGCUGUUGGAUCGAUGGAGAUCAGGUCAAGGAUGUGGGCGCGCCGGUGCUGGCUUUCAAUUCGACCAUGGAGGGCGCUGCCGCGAGCAGGAGGGUGGUGGCUUCAGAUCUGCUGGCGGGGCUGGUGGGAGUGGUAUUGCUCUUCUCGUUGCUAUAA